AUGGUAGACUCAUCGAUUCCCGAGUCGUUGAGACCAUUUGCAACUACAAAAUUCUUCCACAGGACAUGGGCAGGCACGUUUUAUUGUAAGCCCCAGGCGAUAUUCCAGCCACGCAAUGUCGCGGAGAUACAAGAGCUCAUCAAACAGGCAAACUUGCACCAUAAGACGAUCAUGACUGUGGGAUCGGGCCACUCGCCCAGCGAUUUGACCAUGACGAAGGAUUGGCUUUGUAAUUUGGACAAGUUCAAUCACGUUUUGAAACAAGAGGAAUUCUUUGGUCCCGUUGCCCCGGGUACCAACAAAGUAGACGGAGGAGAAAAAGAAAUCAAGUUUGUUGACCUCACCGUUGAAGCUGGCUGCAGAGUCUACCAAUUGAAUGAAUAUUUGAAGAAACACGACUUGGCUAUACAAAAUCUCGGCUCCAUCAGCGAGCAAUCUAUCGCGGGAUUGAUCUCGACGGGAACCCACGGAUCUACCCAAUAUCACGGUUUAGUGUCGCAGCAAGUUGUCUCGAUUACAUUUUUGAACAGUGCCGGCGAGUCCAUCACGUGUUCCUCGAUUGAAAAACCCAACUACUUCAGAGCCAUCAUGUUGUCAUUGGGUAAAAUCGGUAUCAUUACUCACGUGACCUUGAGAACGUGUCCGAAAUACACCAUUAAAUCGAGACAAGAAAUCAUCAACUUUGACACCUUGUUAGAGAACUGGGACAGUAUCUGGUUGGAUUCGGAAUUCAUCAGGAUCUGGUGGUUCCCCUAUACACAAAAAUGUGUGCUUUGGAGAGCAAACAAGUCCAACGACCCGAUCUCGAACCCGAGACCCUCGUGGUAUGGAACUUGGUUCGGCCGCUUGUUUUACGAGUCCUUGUUAUGGGUCUCAGUCCACGUGUUGCCUUCAUUGACCCCCUACAUUGAACGAUUCGUGUUUGAACAACAGUACGGCAAAGUUGAAACUCUUGGAGCAGGAGACAUUGCUGUACAAAACUCGGUCGAAGGGUUAAACAUGGACUGCUUAUUUUCGCAAUUUGUCAAUGAAUGGUCUGCGCCACUUUGCGGCGGUAUAGAUAUCUUGACCCAAUUGCAGAAAAUCAUCAACGAAGCCGCUGAAAAAAAGCAAUUUUACGUGCAUGCACCGAUCGAAGUGCGUUGUUCAAACGUGACCCAAUCAGGCACUCCCUUCACCGACGACAACGGCAAGGAGUCACUCUACCCUUCUCAAUCAUGGUUGUCGCAUAGAUCUAGAACCAGCGCGGGCCCCAUCCCGGGCAACAACUUGCGCCCAUACAUGGACAACUCGCCCAGAUUGAAAUAUCAAGGAGACAAGCCGCCCACGAACCAGGACUUGACCUUGUUCAUCAAUGCCACCAUGUACAGACCGUUCGGCACCAACGUCGAGACCUACAAAUGGUACCACAAGUUUGAGCACGUGAUGAAGCUAGGAGGCGGCAAGCCGCACUGGGCCAAAAAUUUCAUUGGCCAUACAGGCGACAAGGUGGAUGAAGACGCCAAUGCGCGCGAUUUGAAAUUGCAGUUGGAGUACGGCGGCAAGAAUUUCUACACCAUGAUUGGAUUCAAGAGCGAUAUGCGCGACUGGUUCGGGGCUGACCUAGUCGAUUUCAAUAAAGUUAGAAACGAAACAGACCCCAGUGGAGUUUUCCUCUCGGGGAAAAACUGGGCUGAUAGAAACGGUAUAUUGUUAGAUUAG